AUGCACCGGUACGGAGUGAAAAGACGGCAGUACGACCGAGGGUUGAGCUGGGCUGCUUGCUCGCUGCUGUGGACUGGAGUGGAGCAUUUUGAUUGGAAGAGGACUGGUGCUACUUUCAAUCCAUUCAAGUCUAGUCUGGUGUUCCGGCUUACAGCAGGGAUUAAUGCGCGACGACGUUUCAUGGAAUGUACAGAAAGAGAUUUGCGUGGGAGAAUGAGGAGGGAGUUUUUGCCUGGGGGAGGAGAGAAAGGCGGGAGGAGACGAGCGAGGGUUCCAGUGUCCUCGCAUUCAAAUGUUUGUAAGGAAACGAAAGCAAGCAAGCUCAAGGAGCACACGAUGUCUACAGUCUGUCAUUUUUCCAUCAGAUACGACCAUCAUGCCGCUUCCCUGAAGGGCCGGGACCGGGAUCACUUUCAAACGGAUACGUCAUCACAUACCAAGAUCUCAGGCGAGUUAAGAACAGAUUGA